UAACGCUUUUGACGUUAAAUCCGGUUUCUUCCCCCGCCGUCGCCGCUAAAGUUCGCAGUUGAACUUGCUAUGCCUGCUGCGGAAAAACAGAGGGAAACAAACAGACAUUUUUAACUUUCAGAGGCAGUGAUAUAAGUGAGUCAGACUAACGAGGCUUCCGUAGCGGACAUAAGUGGAUGAUGUUCUCCUUGUCAAUGUCGGUCCAGCCACAGGUGACUCUGCCUCUCAGUCACCUCAUCAACAUCCUUCACCCCCUGAAGAGCUCAGUGGGAAGCAGCAGCAGUGCCACCUGCAAGUCAAGAAAACACAAGGAGCAUGUUCCAGAUUCAGAUCUACAGUGUACAGAGUAUGCGCUGUCGAUGUGGAACCUGUGGGAGCUCGGUCUUUCUGACCUUGGAAAACAGCAGCUGGAUGAGCUAGUGAACCAUGUGUUGCCACGCUUGAACCCACAGGAAGUGUCCCCGUCAGCAUGGAGGACCUCGCAUCUUUCCUCUCACUCCUUCUUCCACAAUAAGCACGGCUUUUCGAUGGGCCCUGGGCCCCUGAUGACUCCUGUUUUCUCAAACAAGCACCUGUCACCUCUUCAGACAGUCUGCACAGAGCUAAAACACUGGCCAGUGAUGUUUCAGAGCCGAGGCUUUAAAACGUUAAGGAGCAAAACCAGACGAGUGCAGUCGGCCUUCGAACGGCCCGUGGACUCGGAGACUAUCACACCAUCUUUUAUAAAGGGCUUCCUUACACGCGAUAAGGGGAUGGACGCUGAAAGCCUCAACGGUCUGCUGAAGAACAAGAACAUACCUGAUGGACAGCAGGAGGCUUUCAAGAGGGGCUUCGCCGAGGGUUUCCUCAAAGCUCAAGCCCUGACACAGCGCACUCAAGACUCUCUGAGGAGAACCCGUCUAAUCCUGCUGGUGCUGCUUCUGGUCGGGCUCUAUGGCAUCUCUAAGACUCCUUUCAUAUCAGUACGCUUCCGAACAACAACAGGCCUGGACUCCGCUGUGGACCCAGUGCAGAUGAAAAAUGUGACCUUUGAGCAUGUGAAAGGGGUCGAAGAAGCAAAAAAUGAGCUCCAGGAGGUGGUGGAGUUCCUGAAGAACCCACAAAAGUUCACAGUCCUCGGAGGAAAGCUGCCAAAGGGUGUUCUGCUUGUUGGUCCUCCAGGGACUGGAAAGACUCUGCUGGCCAGAGCAGUGGCCGGAGAGGCUGAUGUGCCGUUUUACUAUGCCUCUGGUUCAGAGUUCGAUGAGAUGUUUGUUGGUGUUGGAGCAAGUCGCAUCAGGAACCUGUUCAGGGAGGCAAAAGCUAAUGCUCCAUGCGUGAUCUUCAUUGAUGAACUGGACAGUGUGGGGGGAAAAAGGAUUGAGUCUCCUAUGCACCCUUACUCCAGACAGACCAUCAACCAGCUGCUUGCUGAGAUGGACGGGUUUAAACCAAAUGAGGGGGUGAUCAUCAUUGGAGCAACGAACUUCCCAGAGGCUCUGGAUAAUGCGCUGAUCCGCCCAGGGCGUUUUGACAUGCAGGUGACUGUACCAAAACCCGAUGUGAAGGGACGGACAGAGAUUCUCAACUGGUACCUGAAGAAGAUUAAAGUAGAUCCAGCCAUUGAGGCCAAUGUUAUUGCCAGAGGGACAGUUGGAUUCUCUGGCGCCGAUCUGGAAAAUCUGGUCAACCAGGCCGCCCUGAAGGCAGCAGUUGAUGGCAAAGACAUGGUCACUAUGAAGGAGCUGGAGUUUGCUAAAGACAAAAUUCUGAUGGGCCCCGAGAGACGGAGUGCAGAAAUAGACAACAAGAACAAGCUUAUCACGGCUUUUCAUGAAUCUGGUCACGCCAUCGUCGCGUAUUACACCAAAGAUGCCAUGCCGAUCAACAAGGCUACAAUCAUGCCCAGAGGCCCAAGUCUUGGACAUGUGUCCAUGCUUCCAGAGAACGACAGGUGGAGCGAGACUCGUUCUCAGCUUCUGGCUCAGAUGGAUGUCAGUAUGGGCGGUCGUGUAGCAGAGGAGAUCAUAUUUGGCCAUGAGAACAUCACAACAGGAGCAUCAAGUGACUUUGACAGUGCUACCAAGAUUGCGAAGAUGAUGGUGACCAGAUAUGGGAUGUGUGAGAAGUUAGGUGUGAUGACCUACUCUGACCUGACGAGACAAAGUCCAGAGACACAAGCCGCUGUGGAGCAUGAAGUCAGGGUUCUUCUGAAGGACUCCUAUGAGCGUGCCAAAGCCCUGUUAAAGUCCCACGCCAAGGAGCACAAGAACCUGGCAGAUGCUCUGCUCAUGUAUGAGACACUGGACGCCAAAGAGAUUCAGCUGGUGGUGGAGGGCAAAACCCUGGAGACCAGAUAAAACAAGCAGGGAGGAACAUAAAUAGGUGGGGCCCGGGGUGAAUUUGAAAGAGAAUGGGAUCAGAGACAAAUCCAUCCAUCCAGUGUCUCCUUUUAAACAGUGCUCCUCUUUAUAUCCACAUGAUUUCAUGGAAUCUCCCAAACAAGUAAUGCUGAUAUGUGCGUUACGAUGUAAGCAGAUUUAUGCUGCACAGAUUUACAGAUGCAGACACAUUUAUUUGGCCCUUCUGGUAACGACGUGUGAAAAGCCUUAAAAUAAAAUAGGGGGGGCAUAAUCUUGCCUUGAAAAUUGUAAAAGAAAAAUCUGCUUUAACUUGUGAGAACCGCGGCUAUCAAUGCUCUUUACAACCUCCUUUUGUCAGUAAUUCAGAACCCCUUCUUCCUCUGUAGCAUUGCCUGACGUACGUGGUUGAUACAGAUAGAUAUUUUUAUUUGUAUUAUCAUUUGAAGUAAAUUUUUUUUGCUGAUUCAAGGCCUUUCAAAAUAGAUAUAAACAUUAAAAUCUCCACAAUAUUGAAAACUGUUAGGGACCACAAAAAGUAUUUGUCUUUUUUCAACCACAUGCUUCCAUGUUUUUCUCCCAUAGGAAAUAGAACCACAAACAUCCAGGUACUUAAAGUAGAAAAACUUGUAGGACAUUGUAUGCGUUUCCCUUUAAUAAGUCAGCCAUUUUGGGUUCAUUCCCCUGUUUCAAGACCCAAUGAUGACCCAUUUGCAGGUUGCUGGUAGAAGCCAACAGAUUCUUUUUUUAUUAUUUGAAAUCUGGAGGUUCUAUGAGUUCAUGAUGCUAUGAACUCUUAAUAAGGUUCCCAGGGCCUUUGGAAUAGAAACAGGUCCAGAGUAUCACACAUCCCCCACCAUACUUUAUAAUGGACAUGAGAUGCUUUUUCACAUAAUCAUCCAUUAUUUCACACUAAACCUGGUUGAAGAUGGUGACAGGGUACAUUGUGCUCUUUGCUUCAGUUCUCUAACAGUAAGCUUUGGAGAUCUUCCACAUCCUGCUCUCUGCAUAGUGGCAGGAUAAACGUUGAUCCUUGUCCAGCCUUGUGGCUAAAAGGCAUCAGUAUCACCUUAUAUUUAGACCCCAGGUAAACAGAAAGUCAUGUUUUAAUAUGUAUUAAAUAACAGAGGAUUGUUGGGGUAUUGAUAUUUAUGCCAUGAACGAUUUUGUUUGGGUAUUUUCUUGAUAGAUAAAUGUCGUCAUGAAUUAUCUAAAACUAUCUUCAACGUGAGAUUAUGCUACUACUUUAAAAAAAAGAAUCUAAUGGAAUAAUUUUUCCCACGUCUUUUCCAGAGUUGCCAUCCAAUCUAUCAACCCCUAUAUGUUAAGCACAUUGCUCGGGUUCCUGUAUUAAUUAGUUGGAGGAAAUCAAACAUGAAUUUAAACUAGAAAUGGAUAAACCAUCAUUUUUUUUCUGGAAGAGAAUGUCAAAGUUAACACUUUGGGAGCCACUGUAAACCCAAAUCAUUUUGUUAUGAUGUUAAAUGGGUCAGGCAAUGAUACAAAUACAUUAUUGAGCAUGUUUUCCAUCGGUUUCUUGGGGUUUAAGAGGAGACUUCAUAAAUAAUUCUCAUUUCCUUGCUGUGCCCCUCUCCACGGGUUUCUGUUGCUCUUUUGUAAAGGCGGCCUUUGGGUGAAUGUAUAAUGAGCCAUUUAUUUUCCAGUGCAUUACUGUGUGUGCACUUUAUUUUCUAAUUUUAGAGUCGAAAUUAUCCUUAUUUAUUUAGUUCUGCUUUUGGAAAGCCUCUGAGUGAAACGUUAGUUUUCUUGUAAUUACAAAUGUGUGGAGUGAAGACAAACCAAAAGAGCAGCUUUGUGUUUUUCUUUGCAGAGAAAUCUGCUCACAUUUGCUUCUGCAGAUAGGUCUAAUAUAUGUUCUGUGCAGAGAAGUUGCACUGCAGCAAUAAAAACAUGUUAGGCUUUAAGAAACUCAACUGGGAAGCAACAUCCUUGACUCUGGGAACACUUUUAAUUUAUUUACCUGUUUUCGUGGUUCAUGUCUGAUGAAACUAAGGGCUUAGUCAAAGUUUAGAACACACCAUUAUUUAAAGAAUAAUCAUAAGAGUUAGCAACAUUUUCUUUACCUUGGCCUCAGUUUUAAACAUUUGCUCUGCUUAUUGAACUCUUAGCGUUGCUUGGCAUGUACAUAUGAGUCAGUGGUGGGAAACCUGUAUAUAAAUGUAUAGGAAUGCUUUUAUGCUGUGUACACUUUGAAUGCCUCCCCACAGUAAAGCUCUUUCACAGUGUGAUAACAACUGGUUAUGUGCAGCAGAAAUAAAUAAGAAAUUCCAAAUAAAAUCUUUUUAAAAAUGGGAAAA